AGACUAUCCCGAUUUCUUUGAGGACUCGGCUACAAUGCCCCAGAAGCCCAAGGUCCUUUGGAUUGGCUGCUCUGACUCGCGAGUGCCGGCCUCUGUCGUCACAGCGUCCAUGCCUGGUACUAUCUUUGCACACACAAACAUCGCCAACCAAUUCCACAUCUUCGACGACAACGCUCACUCCGUUCUAGGCUAUGCUGUCAAGGAGGUCGGCGUCGAGCACGUUGUCCUCGUCGGUCACAGCGUCUGUGGAGGUGCCAAAGCCGCCAUAGCUGCUGCCGCCCACCCCGACUUGCCCAGUCCCGACCCACUCACGCGCUGGUUGACUCCCCUCACCCAACUCGUUCGAACCCUCGACCUUUCUGAAUUAUCUGAGAGUGAGGCAGUUGACAAGGUCGUUGAAGCCAACAUCGUUAAGCAGGUUGACAAUAUUUGCAAGUCGGAGCCAAUUGUCACUGCGUGGGCAAACCCGGGUGCGAAGAAAGUCUCUGUCCACGGGUGGGUAUACGAUCUCGCUACGGGACGCAUCAGAGAGCUCUUCUCCCGACACCCACCGGCGUGUGUGUGUUCUUGAUAGUAGUACAAGCACCGGGCCUUGCGACAAUUACCCUCUUGAUGCAUUAUUUGUACAAAUAAGUUAUAUAUGAACGUUUAAGGUGUGACCGAUCUAUGCG